UUACAUUCUUUCCUUUACUCCUUCCAAAUUGAAAUCGCAAGUCACCGUUACAGGUACCACUCGAUGUCUAGUUUUAAAGACACCAUUCCAGUAUAUGUAAACUAUGGAGAUCCUUAUGUAGAGCCGAAAAUUAAGAAUGCUUUGUUAGAAAGCGGCCUUUCAUUGAAAUUUGUGGACUCGCGAGCUGACGCUAAUUUAUUUUGGGCGCAAUAUGAGGAUAUAGAUUUUGACAAGCUCUACCACGAUCCUGAGACAUUAGCAUGCUCUUAUGUUAUUCGGAAAGCACUUAUUCGAAAAGAAUACUUAUGGAACACGGUGGUAUACUAUUUAGCAAAGAAUCCAGGAUCGAUAUUAAAAAAGGCUGUUCCUGAAGCAUUUUCUUUAGAACUUGAUUAUGCUGAGUUUUUAGAUGACUCACUUAUGGAGUCUUAUGAGCUUAGACAAGAGCUCGAAAAAAAUGAAGACUUAGAACCUCAGCAAAGAAAAUGGUAUAUACUAAAACCAAGCAUGUGCGAUGGUGCUCAAGGAAUCCGGAUUUUUUCUACGAUAGAGGAACUCCAAUCUAUAUUUGAUUCCUUCGAUGAAGCAUUAAGUGACGAAGAUGAGUCCAAUGAUUCAUCUAGCGAAAAUGUUGUGGAAAAUGCUGAUUCCUCCAGAGUAAAUGACCGGAAUCCAGAAAACAAAAUCGUUAUACAUCAGAUUCGUCAUUUCCUUGUACAACGCUACAUAGCUAACCCUUUAUUACUUAACAAUAGAAAGUUUCAUAUCCGUGCAUAUGUUUUAGCCGUUGGAGGUCUAUCUGUGUAUUUAUUUAAGGAUAUGCUAUGUUUGCUUGCCAGAGAUGAAUAUGAAUCUCCUCAUGCCGACACUAAAAUCAACCUAUAUAGUCAUCUGAGCAACACAUGCAUCCAGGGCGGAAGUCCAAGAGAAUCAUCUGUGCAAGCAUUUUGGAAUAGUUCUAUUAAAAAUAAGGACAAAGUUUUUGACUCAAUCGUACAAACUUUGGGAGAUGUAUUUGAGGCUGCUUCAACUACUCAACGAAUUCAUUUUCAGCCUCUAAAUAACUCUUUUGAAAUUUUUGGAGUUGAUUUCAUGAUCGACGAAACUGAUCAAGUACACUUACUAGAAGUGAAUGCUUUUCCAGAUUUUAGACAGACGGGUGAUGAGCUGUCUGGUUUGGUUGAAAAGUUAUUCAAGUCUGUAGUUCAAACUGCAAUUGUCCCUUUUUUUAAUCCUAAGGUGAAGCACGAGCCUUCUCCUGAUUUAGUUUUAGCUCGCGAGCUUAAAAUUUAUGGUUUUUAGUAGUCAUUUCGCCGAGCUACUUUGAUGUCACAGUUUAGUCAGCUAUAGGGUUUUAUUAGUCUUGAGUUUUGUCACUAAAAAAUAAGGUAUAAAGAAGUAAAAAAAU